AUGCGGACGUUGAGGUGGCGGCCGCGUAGGGCUGAUCCCCGCGGGAACACCGCACGCCGCCGCCGCUUCUACGCCCACUCCGAGGCAGUGCCGCUACGCCCCUCCCCUAGAGUCGUGGUCACGUUCACCGCCGCUACUACGCCCAUCCUAUGCGGACUCCAUAGCGCCUCCUCCAUCGCCCCAGACACGCCCAUCGCAGCAAGACCGUGGCACGCCCUGCUGCGCCCACCCUUAGCCGCCACGACGCCCACCUCAACACGACCCCACCGGCACCACUGCCUCCGUUGCCACCGCUACGCCCCUCCUCACCCGCCGCCGCCGCCGCCGCCGCCGCUACGUCACACCCGAAGCAUCGCCGCCGCCACCGUAUUACUGGGAUUCUCUGGCGAUUUCGCGUUCCUUCCCGCGGUUCAUCUUGAUAUGGCGCGGUUGCCUCCCCAGGGGACGGCGGGGGAGCGAGGGAGCAAAGGGGAGUCUCCUGGAGAGGCCGUUCCACCUCACAUGCGCGCCAUUCCUCCUUUUCCUCCUCAUACAUCCUCCCCCCCACCUCCAACGCCCCCUACGCCCCACACGCCUCCCGUCGCGGCCGCAGCGACGAGGUUCCCCGCCAAGGCACCAACGACACAGCACUCCAGACACUCCCAGCUCUGA